UCAAAUUUUCUCAUCAUUCAUCAGACAAUAGUUUGAACAUCAACAUGGACUACAAGACUUGGUCAGCAUUUGUGCUUUUUAUCUUAUUUGUAUAUGUAAAGGGAUUAUCCGUGGUCACAGGUAACGAUAACAACACCUUGACCAGUAUAGAAGAAUUAAGAGCCGAUGCCAAAAAUACAGACGUGUUCCGACAACUGCUUAACCAAGAAACCCUUAUCCGAAUUUCUUUGGUGAAAAACGUCCAUACAUUGAUGAAGGAUAUGGUGGACAUGAAGCAAGUUAUAACCUCCUUGCAGGAGUCUCAAAAAGAUAGCUCGUCUCUGAUAUCGAACUUACGAACAGAAGUUGCUUCGCUUAAAGAACAAAAUAAGAAAUUAAACAAUGACAUUAUAAGUUUAAAAGAAACUGCCGGAAUUGUCAAAGAAAAUUUGACAGAAUUAUUCGAGAUUCAACAAACUGUAGACAGAAAUAUGAAGGUGAAAAGGCAAACAUUUGAAUCAAAUAUUACUACCGUUUUAGGAGAUAUAAAAACCGAGGUUCGAUAUCUAUCUGUCACUUUGUUGGACUUGAACAAACAUACACUGGAUAUGGAGAAAACUCUACCCAAAACCAUAGAGGAAAAACAUGCUAAAGAUUAUGAGAGACUGAAUGAAUCUAUGACUAAUCUGAAUGCAGAUUUGAUUGCUACGAAGGGAAGACUCCAGGCGACUGUGAAUGAUUUGAGCUCAUUUCAAUAUAAUAUCACAUCCUCUGUUUCUCACGACAUAAACAGUACAAUUAAUACCCUGAAAGCUGAAGUCACACAAUCGAAGAUGGAUAAUCUUAAGCUUAUUUCCUCCGUGUCUUCGCUCGAGGUAUUCCGAAUGAAUGUGACAAACAAUCACUGUGGUAAGUACAGCAAGGAAAUGUAAUGCAAAAUACCUCGA